AAGAUUGUAUUUGUCUAUAAAAGCUGCCUGUACACAAAUAAACAUUAAUUAAUAAGUUUUUCAUUUUAAAUUUAAGGAUUUUAACUAGGUAUUUGGCGGUUUGCUGACAAUAACUGUUGGCGACAUUGCCUGUCAAUAUUACUUAAUCUGUACUAAUCUCCAUAAUCUUAACCACAUCUUAACCUUAAUUUUUGACAGCUCAUAAGCGGUUUUUGCUUGUGAUUUGUUGCUUUAAUUUGAUUGGGUGGAUUGAUUACAAACAUAAUGGCACCUAAAAGAAAAAAUAUAGAAUCCCAUUUAAAUGAAGUUGCCAAACCAAAAAGAACCAAAUUUACACUAGAUCAAACAAAAUUUCCAAGAAACACUAUCAAAGGUGUAAUUUUAGUAACAGGGGCAGGUGAUGUAGGACAGUUGGGCUUAGGUCCUGACGUCUUAGAAAAAUCAAGACCUGCACUAGUUAACCUGACUUCUGAAAUCACAGAUAUAUGUGCUGGAGGAAUGCAUACUGCAUGUUUGACAAAAGAUGGAAAGGUUUUGACUUUUGGAUGUAAUGACGAAGGUGCACUGGGUAGAAUUACCGAUGGACAAGAAGAUGCAGAGUUUAUACCUGGUGAAGUAGCACUACCAGGAAAAGUUGUUCAAAUUUCUACAGGAGACUCCCAUACUGUCGCCUUGUUAGAUGAUGGGCGAGUAUUUGCUUGGGGCACUUUCAGAGAUUCUCAUGGUAAUAUGGGUAUGACGGUAAAUGGCAACGAACCAUUACCAUAUGAGAUAAUAAAAAAUCAGCACAUAGUUAAAAUAGCAUCUGGUGCUGAUCAUAUCGUAUUUUUGACCAUUCAAGGUGAAGUGUGGACAUGUGGAUGCGCAGAGCAGGGUCAGCUAGGGCGCACUUCUGUUAGAGGUAGCAGUCGAAAUGCUAGGAAUGGUAUUGAUAAAGGAAACAUAGCAAAGUUAGUUAAACCAGCUCCUAUAAAUGUAAAACUCAGCUUAAAACUUCAUUUUGACAACAUAUGGGCAGGAAUAUAUUGUACGUUUGUAAAAGUUGCUGAUGGCAAUGAUAUUUAUGUAUUUGGCUUAAAUAAUUUUAAUCAAAUUGGUUUGGAUAUACAAGCACCAGAAUUUUUUCCAAAGAAAUCAUUGGAGUUUUCUAAAUAUACAUGGCAAGUUAUUUCCAGUGGUCAACAUCAUACUAUAGGCUUGACUAACGCUGGUAAAGUUUUUACAUUAGGGAGAAAGGAAUAUGGGCGUCUCGGAUUAGGGAAAGAUUGUGAAGAUGCAAAGGUGUUAACAGAAGUAAAAGGUUUAUCAGACAAGAAGGUCACAAAUAUUGCAUGUGGAUCUUGUACUUCCUUUGCCGUUACAGAGGAAGGUCAGUUGUUUGGUUGGGGCAUGGGUUCAAAUGGCCAACUUGGUCUUGGAGAAGAAGAAGACUGUUUUGAACCUACUCUCAUUCAAAGCAAACAAUUAAAAGAUAGGAAAGUGAUUAGAGUGUCUAGUGGUGGGCAGCACACAGUGAUUCUUUGUGAGUCUGACAGUAACAACAAAAACGGACUAACAAAUGGGAAAUAAUGGCUUUUCCAGUUCUAGUUUAAGCUGACAAUGCAGUACAAUACUAUCAUUUUCAUGUAAGAGUAGUAUGUAUUCUCAUAAGUAGGUAUAUAAAAGGAUGGUUUAUUUAAUUUACUUAAAUUUUACAAGCUUUAUAACAAGGAACGCACAGAAUAUAAUUGUUUUUAUGUUCAUCAUUUUGUUUCUUCUAAACCAUUACGGUAUGUAAGGCCACUAUUACACUAUCAAAUUUCUUUGUCAAAGAUCUUUUAUAAAAGAUAUUGAUGAAAAAUUUGACAAUGUUAAUAUAUAAUACUUUAUAAAAUCACACAUAUUACACUGUCAAAUUAUUCAUAAAAUAUCUCUUAAAUAAAAUCUUUGACAAAGAAAUUUGAUAGUGUACUAGUAGCCUAACCAAUUUACUAAGAUACUUUCUUAUUGUAAUAGUAUAAUUAAUUGUAAUAGGUACAAUUAAUAGAAAAUUAAUUAAAAUUAUUUGAUUAUUGCAUAUUUCUGUUGAUCUUUUAAAUGCUGCUAAAGUGUAUUUACUAAAAUAUAGUGGUACAGCAGGAGAGUUAAAUAAAGUUUGAAGUAGAUUAAAUAAUAAAAUAUUAAUGAAUCUUAAAAUCAAAAUAUUCUUCAUACAAACCAUCAUUUUAGGUGCAUCGUUACAAAACACAUUUGUAUCAAUUUUGUCUAGACACAUUUUUCUGGUUACCAGAUAUAAUGUCCAUAUUUGUGAAAUGUCAAAGUUUAUAUAUAUUAAAAAAUGAAAAUGUUAUCCAAGAAUUACUUUAUUAUCAUUACCACCUUAAAAUGUGCGCUUAUAUGUAAAUAACAGAAAUAAAUCAAUUUGUUUUUGUUGAUAUUUUUGUUGGACUUUAAUACCUGCAAUGGUAAAUAUUGUACAUUCUUGGAUAAUUAUGUGAGAAGUAAAAUUAGAUUUGAAAUAUUUUUAUAUUGGCUAAUUCUUUAUAAAAAAAAUUACCUGUUAUAUCUGAUGUAAAGUAUGUCCAACAAGUCAGGGAAGAUUUCGAUAGACAACAGGAAAUAUAUGUAUGUGUGCAUUAAAAUGACAAAUGCAACUAUCACAUAAUGUUCUUGUUGGACAGACUAUAUAGUAACAUAUUUUUUCAAGUAAAUUUGAUAUAUUAAUAACUUCUUAAUCAUUACAUAUUUUUUAGAUUUUAAUCGUUAAAUGUUUAAUAUCACUCACUGUCAUCUCCUUUGUAUUGUAUUUAGUAUUAAUUUUAUUAGACGUAACUUUAUGAAGUCUGUUAUGAACUGAGUUAUGUGGUACCUUACUUGUUAUUUGAGAUUUGUAAUUUCCUGCUAAGCUAUAUUAUUGGAUUUGAAAAUAAAAGUUAAUUAACA